CGCGCCUACCUGCCACAACAAAGGACGGAGGGCUAGGGUUUGCGGCGUCUGCUGAAACCGGGAGAAGAUGGUGCUCGAAGGCGUGCUGGUACAAGUGCUAAACCACUUCCUCCGUCCCUACGUGAAGAACUUAGACCCGUCUCAGCUCAAAGUUGCAAUUUUCUCGGGAGAUGUAUUGCUAGAGAACCUGGAGCUAAAAGAGAAUGCACUGGAUGACCUUAACCUCCCGGUGCGUGUGUUCCGGGGCUAUCUGGGGAAACUGAGGCUCAAGAUACCGUGGAAGAGCCUGUACUCUUCACCCAUAGUUGCUGAGAUUGACGGCCUGUAUGCCAUCGUCGAGCCUGCCACUGCAUUUAAGUACGAUGCUGAAAAGAGUGCCAAAGAGAGUAAAGAGCGGAAGGACAAACAGUUAAAGAGGAUCGAAGAGGCCAGAAAGCGGGCAGCAGAACCUAAAAAUGAGAAGACGGGUCAAGACUCUGGGUUUGUGGAGAGGCUGAUUACUGCUGCCAUCAGAAACAUACAGAUCACCGUCAAGAACAUACACAUCCGCUACGAGGACUCUGUCACUAAUGUAGAACGUCCCUUUUCAUUUGGAGUCACUCUUGACAGUCUGUUUGUACAGAGUACAGAUUGUGAGUAUGUGGUGGGAGGAACGGCGGUGGACCCCGACCCCUCCUCCAUGCUCGUCUACAAGUUACUGCAGCUCAACUGCCUCGCUGUCUACUGGCAGAGCGACGACUCUUUGUUAGGGACUUCCCCUCCCGAUAACUGGACGGAGAUCUUGAAGAGGGGCAUUGCAAGACCUAACGCAGCUCCAUCUAACACCAUACAUUACGUGGUCCAUCCUAUCACUCUUGAGGCACGACUCCAGGCCACUACUAAGCCGGGGAGGAAAAUGGCCGUUCCUCAGGCCCUUGUGAAGGUCACUCUUCACCAGGUGGCUCUGUCUCUCAGCAAACAGCAGUUCCAAGAUGUCACGAGUCUAGUUGAGUCUCUGGACAGAAUGAGCAUCAACCUCAAGUUCCUCAAGUACCGACCAGUAGGGGUGAGGGUGAAGGAGGACCCGAGACAAUGGUGGAGGUAUGCCAUCUCCGCCGUGACCAAGGAAGAGGUGAGGAGGAAGAUGGAGAUGUGGUCAUGGAAACACAUCCAGCAACACAGAAAGUGGUGUCGACAGUACACAAACAGCUACGCCAGAAAGCUGGUGGCAAAGACGAUUACUUCGGGACUUCAGAAAGAACUUGACUUUCUGGAGAUGAAAUUGGACGUUUUCAAUCUCACCGUCUGCCGGCAGCUUGCUGAGGGCAAGGCGGCAGUAGUAAAGCGGCAAGAAGAGGCGGAGGCCAAGAAGGAAGAGGGCGGAGGAGGAGGAUGGUGGGGGUGGGCAGCUGGCUGGGGGACCAGCAGCACUGAGAAAGAGAAGGAAGAAGUGUGGCAGUUACAAUGCCGACAGAAAGAACUACAGGAGGAGAAGAGGAGAAUGUACGAGGCGAUUGGCUAUAGUGACAAUGCACAGGUCCCCAUUUACCCCAAGGAAUAUGUGGCUCACAGUGUGUCAGUCAAUUUGGAGAAAGCUUCAGUUCAACUGUGGAACGAAGAUGGAACAUUAGCUCAUGUGGUGACAUCGUCUGUCACAGCUCAGGUCCAGAACAGACCGUCCAGUAAGAACAUCACCGUGCAGACCACUGUGGGCCGGCUCACCGCCCGCGGUUUCGACUGUGGCACCUCAGGGGCGGGGGGUGAGGGACCAAUCAUUGUUUCUUCCAAACACAAUGAGGAAGCAUCACUACUGGAUUUGAGUGUGGACAUAAACCCAGUCAACAGCACAGUCAGUCAGAGGCUCAAAGUGAAGUUGCUCCCCAUUCAAAUCACCUACCAUGCAGACACUGUGGAUGCUGUGAUCUCCAUGUUCAAACCAUCGAAAGACGUACACCUACAGAGGUUGUCCGCAGCUGCAGCCUCAACUCUGGAGGAGCUGAAGACACAGGGCAGGUCUGGUCUGGUGCACGCCAUCGGUCAGAGGAAGCUCCUGGAUCUUGAUGUGGUUCUCAGUUCUCCCUGUCUGGUGGUGCCAGAGAGUGGAGCCAUCGCCGACUCGUCCUGUGUGCUGGUGGCUGAUCUUGGUCAGUUGGAAAUAAAGAGUGACCUCAGGUCUUACGUACCGGACGUCAGGGGGGCCACGGAUGCCGAACUGGACGAGGCGUUCUACGAUCAUUUCAAGCUGAGCCUCAAGAGACUGCAGGUGCUGGUGGCUGGGCCCGGGCAGGACUGGGGCUCUGCCUGGUCCUCUGGCACCUCCCCACUCCACGUCCUGGAACCAACCAGUCUGGAACUGGAACUCAAGAAGAGCCUUCUCCCCAACGACACGCGACUACCAAAUUUGAGAGUCGAAGGGGUGUUACCAGCGUUGACAUUGAGUGUGUCUGACAAGAAACUCAAACAGUUGCUACAGGUUGUCCAGAGUCUUCCUCUUCCUCCUCCUUCACUAGCCCAGCAGAACGUGCAGUCAAGCUCCAGAUACUCGAUCCCUGAUCAGCCGUCACAGUUGGGAACAGACAGUAUGGUGGAGAACAUCAGCGAAACACUACUCAUUAGUCCUGCACAGCCAGAGUCUGAGAGCAGUGAUGAAGAAGGGUUUGAGACUGCCAGUGAGUGUGAGAGUGACGAAGAGGGAGUGCUGCACCAUCGGGAACACGAGACACAAACAGCUGCUCUCUCUACUACCAAACUCACCCUCCAUUUUGUUGUCCGUCAGGUCGGUAUUCUAUUUAGUGAGCACCGCGAGUCCAUGAUGCGAUCCUGGGACAUGAGACUGUCGGCGUCCAUUGGUGACCUCUGUGUUGUUGACCACUACCUCACUGGUCCCAAUGGGGAGCCAGGAGCGUUUCUUGACACACAGCUAACAGACGGCCAGAAACUCAUCACAUUCAAUUACUCAAAGUUUGACCCUCAGGCUCCACACUAUGCAACUGAGUUUAACCUCACUCGGCAGACGAUGGCUGCGUCGCUGGCCCUACUGCGACUGAAACUCCACUCUGACAGUCUCCUCAACCUCAUCGACAUCUCUCGUCUCCAUCACCUCCGUCUUGAAGUAGCGUCUGUCUCUUCAUCUCCGUCAAGUGAGGGGGUGGAACAGCAGGUACCAGAGGGUGAGAGACAGCUCCAGCUGAAGGUGUCUCUGGCAGGACUGGUGGUGGGGCUGUGUGGUGGUGACCUCGGUGAGGUCAUGAGUUCCUCCAUCACCGGUAUCGAAGCACGUGUGGAUAAGUUCCAGGAUUACCUCCAAGUAGAGGCCAGUGUGGCAGAUAUCGUCUUGUUGGACAAUGAACCAAAAGUCCACCACAAAAAGAUAAUUGAGAAAAUGGACCAAGACAAGAAAGUUAUCUCUUUGAAGAUUACUGUCUUCAACGUGCCAGCGUGUGUGCGCGACCCUCGAGACCUUUCUCUGUCUGACAUGGACAUUACAGCCGACGUGAAGAGGCUGAGAGUCAUGAUCAUCUUCUCGUUCCUCACCAGAGUCCAGAGAUUUGCGAUGCAGUUUCUGCACAGGCUCAAGCUGGACCAGACGACUAUUGAUUCGGCCCGCGAAGCUGCUAGUAACACUGCCUCGAAAACGCGGGCCUUUGUGGCCAAUCUCGGGGAACUGACAAUUAGAAAUGUGUUCAGACUGGCCAGUGACGUGGCCGCUGAGAAGACAGCAGGGGAGCAGGGAGAGAAGAGAGAUCAGUCUCGAUUCCUGUCUAGCUCUGGAUGUCCUGCAGUGGUGGACUCUAUGACUGUCACCAUCUCUUCUGUACAACUGUCAAGAGUGAUGGAUGUUGAGAAGGCCGGUAGUGAACUGAAAGUAACCAAGUCAGAUGAGAUUGGAGCGACGAUGCAGUUUAGUCCACAGGACUACCAUGAUGUGAUGUGUGUUCUGCAAGACACCAAGACCAUGAACCAGAAGGAAGAGUCUGCUGUGGAGGUUGCUGCAACUGAAGGCAAACCAGAGGAGGAGAAGAAAGAAACUGCUGUGGAAGAGAAGGCAGUGGUGAAGGUUGAGGGGAAGGGAGAGGGAGAAGGGUCUUCUACUGGUGGUGUCACUGUCCACGUGGAGGCUGAUGUGGAGAGCUUGGAACUCCUCCUGUGCUCCCAUGUGGGGGAAGUGGCUGAGAUCAAGAUCAAAGGAGCUGCGACAUCAGUCGAUAUGCUGAAUGAUAAAGUUGCAAUCAAGGCUAGAAUAUCUGGUGUUGAAGUUUUUGACUGUACACCUGGAGUUCUAUAUCAUAAGAUCGUGUCAGUUGAAGAGAACUGUUUGGCAGUUGAAGCGUGGGUGGAUUACUUCUCUAAUGCCACUAAAGGAGAGGGGGCCUAUGACACCAGCAAAUGUGACUUGUCUGUGAAACUGAGUGUGAACCGUAUCAGAAUAGUGGCACUCUACCUCUUUGUGUCCCGCGUUCUCAACUACAUCCAGCAGCUUCAUGAUGCGCAAAAGCAGGAUCACGAUGAUCUUUUUGGGCCUCAAGAUACACAGGGGUUAGAUGAAACACAAGCUGUACAGAAAACACAGGGGUCAAAACCAGGCGUUCCAAUGAGAAUAAAGCUGGCCAUAUCGGUUGAAGCUCCUGAGAUCACUAUGCCGCUCAAUUCUAAAUCAUGCGACGUUGUGGUCUUGGAUUUGGGCCAGUUCUCUCUCACAAACGGGUUCCUCGGCCUGGAUGUUGGUUUCUCUAAAGAUAAGAGCAUAGCACUCUACGAGCAACACCACAUGGAGCUGAAAGAUCUCAAGCUGUACAGGUCGGUGUGGGAUGGAGAGAGCAACAAACACUCUGACUGCCAGCGCGACAUCCUUAAGCCAGUCUCUCUGACCGUUGAGAUACACAGGAACUUGUCAGCCGACUGGUAUCAUGGCAUGCCUACUCUAUCCAUUGAUGCUAAGCUAAACCCUCUCCUGGUGGUUGCUAGUGGAGACGAUAUUGAGAGUGUGUGUCUCAUACUACUUGGAAACCUCAAAGAGAGCUGUCCCAGUGAUGUGGAUACAGGAUCAGGAAAUGUUGGCCGCAGUUUCUCUGCUGGAGUUGCAGAAGAUAGACAACCUAUUGACUCACUGCCAGGAACUGUGCCUGAAGACACCACUGACUCCAGUGAGCAGCCAUUCACCGAGCUGCUUAUCUCUGCACGUAUGAAAACCAUUGGACUCAAACUCUACUUCAAGGAUCAUCAUCCUCUUACCUGUGAAGACAAGUCGACAUGGGAAAGAGAAGGAACGCGAGAGUUUGCAGAGAUUUCUCUGGAGGGUCUCCAGGCAGGGGUAAAGAGAGAGAGCAAUGGAGCCACGAGUGUCUCUGUAUCGCUGGACGACUGUAUGCUGGACGACCUGAGAACAAGGCUGGACGAAGACAGAGAGACAGCGGACGAGGAGGAGGAAGAUGAAGAAGGAUCAACACGGGAAUCCAGUGUCGAUGUGGUAGCUGUGCCGAAAAAGGAACAACCCGAACUAAGAAUCAGACGAAUGAUAGAGAAGAGGGCAUUUGACAAAGAGCCUUCGAAACAUCUCAUUUCUCUGGAAUACAACCUCACUCCCGACAACAGCACGAACAUUGUUACCGCAAUCAAUGGGAUUCAAGUGCUUGUGAAUCUCAAGUUCAUCGAGGCACUUACAGUAUUCCUAUUGGAGAGCAUCAAACCUCUACAACCGGACAAACCAGUCAAUACGGAAGAAGGGGAGAAGGAGGAGGAGCAGGAGGAGAAGGAGAAGGAGAAGGAUAAGGGAAGAGAGGACACUGCCCCACACCACGAGGUGGCCUCCUCUCUCUCUAGGACACAGUCAAUGGAAAAGGAGUCAAAGAUGUCCAUUUCGGUCAAAGUCACACAUCCGCUCGUGGCUCUGCUAGAGGAUGCCCGGCAGCCCUAUUCGCCAGCUCUGGUCUGCCAGAUGGAGGUGUGUGUAAACCUCACCCGGAAACUGCCGUCCAACUGUGCCAGCCUCAGCGGGUCUCUGUCACGUCUCUCCCUAUCUGUCGCCAGAUACCCGAAUCUCGAGAUGACCAUUCUCAAACCUGUCCUAGGUCCCCUGUCAGACAAAGUUCUGGUCUACAUGGACCAGUGGGACGGGGUCACCAAGAUCUCCGCCACAGUCCCCUCUCUGGAGCUGGUCCUCUCUCCAGCCACCGUCAGGAUUGUCCUCAACUCCAUCAACUCUCUCAGCUCUGGACAGGCUGAGGAACAUGAAAUGGGAGAGACAGCUCCAGCUAAUCUCUGGACCAGCAGUCUGCCUUCCUUCAGUGUUGCUUUCUUACCACGUCACCAUUCAAGCCUUCAUUUUCCCCGUCAGUUUGAGCUCGAGGUAGCUAAUAUCACUGUUGUGGUGGAGCAAGAAGUGGCCACGCCCUCUCUCCGCACAUUCCCGGCCAUCUCUAUGGCGAUGGGCAAGUACUCCAGCACGGCUCUCACCCUCCAGCUUCGUGACUGGAGCUCAAAACUAAAGGUGAGCACAGAGCUACACCUGGAAGUGGCCUACUACAACAUCAGGAACGAUUCGUGGGAGCCCAUUCUGGAACCAAUUGUGGACCCGCGGAACAGGGACAGGUACAUCUCGUGGAGUAUGAAGGCAACGGUUGUGAGGCAGCCACCCAGCCACUCCAAACAUCUUGAAGAUGCCGGAAUACUAGGGGAAGUUGAGGAGGAGGAUAGGGAGGAGGGAGAGGAGGAGGUUAAUUUGAGUGUUGAUGUGUGGGCAGAGAGUGCCCUCCAGUUGACAUUGACCAAGUCAUCUCUCAACAUCUUCUCACAGCUGGUCCAGGCCUACACCGAGAAGAAGGCAAUGGUAGUUGAAGAAGUGGACACUCCAGAGACCUACGGUGCUGCCUUCACUGUAGUCAACAAGUUGGGGAAAGACUAUCCAGUCACUGUCAAACCAGCCCACACUCUGAAGGUACAUGGAGCAUACUCCCCGGUCCUGCGUCAGGGUGACUCCGCCCUCCCACUCCACCCGACAGAGGGUGUGGUCAAGAUGAAGCCCGGAGAGCUCCUCCCACGUGACAGUCACCUCAGUCGAGUACACAUCCUCCAACUGCUGAUCGCGGGGUUUGCAGCUCUAGACGUGGCACUGGGGAUGUAUGAGAGAGUGUACUAUCCUCUGGUACCCCAGUCCUCCACCUCCACAGCAGCUAGUGCUGGUGGUGGAGAGAGGGAGAAGGGAGGGAGCGGAGUGGUUGUUGAUAUCGACCGAACUGCAGGGGCUCCAGUUGUCACUCUCAGAUCUCCUCUACAGGUCCACAACCACCUGGACCAGCCAGUCACAGUGCACCACUCUCUCUCCCACACCCCACCUCCUCUGCCGCCAUCACCACCGACUGGCUCUGAGACUGGGGGUGUGGCCCUAGUCCCUCCCGGCUCCCUGGUCCCUCUCCCUCUCUCUGCCUCUCGUGGAGGAUUCCUCUUCUUCCAACUACCACAUACCGGGUUGAGCCAGCCUCCAGUCCAGUGGAGGGAAGGAAAAGUCUGGAUAUUUGCUGCAGUGUCACCAGAUCUGAGGCACGGGUUGGAGGAGCUCGCGGCCAACAGAAAUUCUCAUUCGUUCAUGUACGGUUGUUUUUUGAUGACGGCGGUGGAGGAAGAGGAAUACAGUCGUUCUCCGUCCGUCCCGCUCUCCCAGCGAGCCCACCACCUGGUCCACCUCCACCAGCCCCUCGUGGUCCACAACCUCCUCCCCUACUCCCUCUCCCUUGGAGAAGAAGGCCACAGUAUGGUCCUCAUUGCCUCCGGGUCUCAGGCACACAUCAGCUACACCAAACUCUCUCAGACAAAAAAGUUCCUUGUCGAGGUGCAGAAGAAGGACAAGAGAUGGAGUGGUAGUUUCAUGAUGGGCUCCAAGUCAGAUGAGGAGACUGUGUUCACUGUCAGCCACGAAUCCUGCAGCCUGGAACUGUUGGUAAAGAAGGAGGAGAAGGGGGCGUGGCAGCUGAGUGUGUGCAGUCGUAACUGGAUGGUGAACAAGACGGGACUCACCCUCCAAUAUAGGGCCCCCGAGGGGUUCUUUUCUUUCGGGCAGAAACCUACUGAAGUGUACAUGCACGACUCGAAAUCGGCCAUUUCUCUGUAUCCUCACGAAGAGGUGUGUGUGCGUGUGGUGAAGGGAGACAGGUACAGCGAGUGGUCCAACAAGUUCUCUCUCGAGACACUGGGCAGCGAAGGAAUCUUCACCUGCUCCUUCAAAAACCCCCCAGAGGAGCUGCAGAUUGGAACAAAAGUGGACCUCGCGAACUUUGGUACCACCCGAGUCCUCACACUGUCUCCGUUCUAUAUGAUCAACAACAGCACCAGGGACAGUGUCUCGUUUCGUGAAUGCAGUCGGAGCUCCUCAAAGGUUUCCACUAUUGUUCCAGGACAAUUGCUUCCCUUUUGGCCGAGCGCUGGCUCCAAGAGUCUGGAGAUAUCGGUGGGAGACGAGACAAUGAGACUCCGCAGCUCUCCGCUCACGUUCACAGAGACCGCCUCUCUCCUGGUCAGGACACGCAACCCUCAGGUGCCGGCAGUGAUGGUUGAAGUGCAAGUGACAGGCUCAGCCAAUAUCAUCACCUUCACUCCCUACUACUCUGGCUGUGUCCCCCUUCAACUGGUCAACCAUACUGAAUACCACCUCCCCUUCAAACAAAUAGAUGGUCCAUGUGUCUACCAACUGGAGCCCAAACAGAGCCUCAUGUAUAGCUGGGAUCUUCCUCUGGGGGAGAAGGUUCUGCUUCUCCUCACAAAUAGACUCGACCCUAAGGUGAAUGGAAGUGGGAACUUCUUUCUGUCCGAAGACAGCAUCCGUAGUGGCUCUGGUUCAGUUGAGGGAGAUAGUCUGGCCGAGGAGACCCACAAGCAGCAGGGAGAGGAGGAGGAGGAGGAGGAGGAGGAGGGGAAGGAGGAAGAAGAGGAGGGAGAGGAAGAGGGAGAAGAGGUGGCCGUUGGACAGGAGGUUACCCAGUAUCAGGGAGGUACCGGCGAAGUUGACUUUUCACUUCCCAAAAAACUGAGGAGGCUGUCAGAUGAAGUGAAGAAAAGCGUUGGGAGAACGUCUCAGAAGGAUAAAAGAAGAAGAAAGAAGAGAGUAUACUGGAUAUCGUUCAUGGAUAGUCUCCAGCGAGUCCUGCUCCUAACGUCCAGUCACAGUCUGGUGAAGAGUGUGUCGAGUCAAGGAGAACUACCAACAGGAGCCACCACACACUGA